AUGCCGGGGAUGACUUCUUUCAUUCGACGAGUGUUACCGCGAAUGUAUCGCAUGAAGCAGUAUACGCCUCAGCAGCCAGACAGGAAUCAGCCACGAACAGGGCGUUCCGUUGCUCGCCGCAUUCAGGACACUUUGGCACGCAUCACUACAAUCAGGAUAACGGGCAAUCGCUCGGGUUGGGAGAGCUCACAAGCAACCGUAAAGAGCAGCGGCACGGAGAGUUCAACAACUAGCGACCCAAGAUCAAACGCGUACAAAGACUACCUGACUUACGCACCUUAUGCGGACGGUCAGGAAGGGGGAACUGAGUUGAACACGUUGAGAAGUAGGGAGGUUACGUAG